CAUGUUGCGGCUAUAGGAACGAAUGAUGUUGAUCAAUUUAAUGCUAACUCUGAUAUAAUGAACAAUGAAGCUCACACAGGAGGUGUGCAAGUAAGCGAUCCAACUAAUGCUGCUACGUCAAAGUCGUUAUCAAAUCCUGCAUCAUUGGAGAAGAAGUCGGAAUUACCUUCAUCUUCUGUGGCUGACAACGACAUUGAAGUUAUAGAGAUUGACGAAGUAGCAAAACGUGUUUUGGGUGAUGAUCCAACUCUACCUACGAAGCAGAAAAGUCCGGUACAUGCUCAUCUUGUUGUUAGAUGGAAGGAUUGUCUAUACAAUGGUCUCAAUAGCGAAGCAACUGAUAAGCUCAUUAAAGCUUAUGAACCCAUUGAGCAGUUUAAUGCGCAAAAAAUGAAUCCAGAGCUUAUUCAUAUGCUGUCUGAUAAAGUAAAAAAGCGAGAUGCAUAUUUUGUGAAAACUCAAAAGCUUGCUGGUUCUGCCUUGACUGCGAUUGGCUUUGCAGCAUCAUCAUUGCUGGGCAAAGACAAUGUUUUGAAUCGUGAGUUUUUAAUUGAAAAACUAUUUGAUGCAGGGAAGAUUAUUUCUCUUUUGCAUCAUGGUCAAUUGAUCGGGCGUAAAUCUUGCAUUUUUCCUCUACUUAAAAAGAAUAUUAGACCAAUCGUUAAUGAUUUGAAGACUGAUGAAUUUGUUUUUGGACAUGAUAUGAUGGCGAAUGUUAAAAAAUUAAGUAGUGACGGAAAGCAAACUCUGAUUCUUGAGGAGAUCUCAUACAAAAAAGAAAAUAACAGGUAUUUAAACUCCAAUCGGCCCCUGACAAAACCGAAUUUCGUAAGUCAGGUGGGCCAAAAAUUUUACAAAAGUGCUCCUUUCAAGAAGAAUGUUUACAAUUCAAAGAAUUCGAAGCCGAAUUUUCAAAAUACGUACAAUCAGAAUCGCAGUCAGGGUCAAAAUCGCAAGCGUUGAGUAAAUAUACUGCAGG